AAUCGAUCAAUCACAGUCGAGCGUUCUUUCCGAGCUAAUCUACCAUUCUCGAGAAUGCUCGCUUGUAGUCGAUUCAUUUACUGCCUAAUUUCUACUACGGCUUAAGUUUUUCAUUGUGUCACGACUUCAAGGACGCACACGGAAUAUGAGAAAAAGUGGCGCACUUGAAAUUUUCGUGGUUCAAAUAUUCAAGCAACGCAGAUAUUUUAUUACGUAUAUUGCCAAUAGGCUGUUAUUGAUAAAAUAAAGAAUUAAUAUACCGAGUACAAAAUUCAAGACCCUCAGUUUUGUUUACACGUAAUUAUGAACUUUGUGCUCUCUUCAUAAUUAAUCAUCCGCUUGUUGACGACGUAGAUACAGACGGCGAAAAUAUCCAGCAAUUAAAAUUGUUGCAUACGGAAUGAAAAAGUAUCCUUGAGAUCUGAAGAAUCGAUACGCGCACGUGUCAAUCAUUUAUAUUGAAAAUUUGUCAAUAUUCUCCAUGCAUUCGAUCCGCUACCACCGGAAACAUGGUCCGGCGGCAGAGAUGCCUCAAAAUAUGGUAACAUCGCUGUUCAAGUUGAUAUGAUGACACGAGAAAUGGUAGGCGACGAAGAUUGCCUCUACCUGAACGUAUAUACUAUAGAUAUUAUGAAAAAACGCCCAGUUAUGGUGUGGAUACAUGGUGGCAGUUUUGCCAUGGGUUCCGGUGAUGCCACCUUCUAUGGUCCUGAUUAUAUUGUUCGGAAGGACGUGGUACUGGUUACGCUAAAUUACAGACUAGGGGCUCUCGGUUUCCUGAAUCUCAAUGACAAAGUGGCAACGGGUAAUCAAGGUCUAAAGGAUGUGGUUAUGGCAUUACAAUGGGUCCAGAGAAAUAUAUCACAAUUCGGAGGAGAUCCGAAAAACAUCACUAUUUUUGGCGAAAGUGCUGGUGGAGCUAUCGUGCAUUAUCUAACUCUGUCUCCGUUAGGCAAAGGUUUAUUUCAUAAAGCGAUAUCACAAAGCGGCGUUGCCGCGAAUCCUUGGGCCUUGACUGAGUGGACGAACAAAGCGAUGAACAGAAGUUUUCAACUUGCCGAGAAACUUGGAAAAGCGACAUCAGACCCGAAAGUCGCCUACGAGUUUCUUAAAACAAUUGACGCGAAAAAACUUAUAAAAACCGCACACAAGUUUCUUGCCACGCAAACGGAUCGUCUACAACAUACUAUAAUGUUUACACCAAGUUUAGAUUACGAGUCACCGAAUCCAUUCUUUCCGGAACACCCAUGCAAGUUGAUACAUCGCGGAGUUAAAGUGCCGUUCCUUUUAGGAAAUACCAGUUGCGAAGGGUCUUUUCUCAUAAGCAGUACACUUGUCGGACAAAUAAGCAAGGAAGCUCUUAAACAAAUCAAUUCCGAUUUUAAAAAGACUAUGAUGCCCGGAGUUUUAUCUGCAUUGCCAAAGAUACCGAUCACGGUUGAAGAAUUACGAUUUUUAUAUUUUGGUAACAAAGCAAUAUCAGAAGAAACUCUAAUAAAUUACGCUGAUUUUCUUGGAGAUGCCUUAUUCUACCGUGGUACCAUGGAAGUGAUCGAUAUCCAAAUGAAUUCUGGUGGUUACACGCCAACAUAUUUGUAUAAACUUUCGUAUGAAAGUAAAACUUCCCCCACAAAAAAAAUAAUGAACGUUACACUUCCAGGAGUGGCUCAUGGUGAAGAUAUAUUUUAUUUAUUUCAUCCUCAUAUGAUGAAAGAGUUCAAUUUACCACCACCUGCUCCUGAUUCGAAAGACUCUAAAGUGAUAGAUCGCUUAACGCAGAUGUGGACGAAUUUUGCUAAAACAGGAGAUCCAACGUCUGCUAUUACGAAUUUGAAUCCGAUUAAAUGGACUCCAUUAAAGCACGGAGAUGUAUACGAUUAUUUAAAUAUUGAUAUUGAACCUCGGAUGGAAAUCAUUCGUAAAGGAGAACAGCGCUGCGAUUGGAAGAAUAUGAAACACAAAUUAUAAGAUUCUGUCUGCUAAAAUAUUUACAUUAAAAUUAUGUUUCUUAAUGUCUAUUAAUUUCAUUUUGUGAUAAUUAUUUCUUAAUUUGUGAUAAAUAUGUUAUACCCAGUAUUCAUAAAGAAUUUACAAUGUAUAAUAUGGACAAUAUUAAUAGAUAUUCUUUUCUAUGUACAAUUUGAAAUCGAUUUUUGUUACCGAAAAUGUUAUAUUGAUCAAAAUAAAGUUGGAAUAUACAAAUAAA